GUAUUGACUCACUCGCAGGGUUCAGUCAUGUGACAUGCGCACUCGGCCCUGGUUUGGAGUUUGUUAUGACAAGUCGAGGCCUCGGUGUAAAUUAGUAUCGCAGCCCCCUGUCUCUGCCCCGGGCUUAUCCGUCAUGGAGGGCAUGGACCUGGACCUGGACCAGGAGCUCAUGCAGAAAUUCAGCUGCAUGGGAACAACAGACAAAGACAUUUUAAUAUCGGAAUUUCAGAGGCUCCUGGGGUUUCAGCUGAAUCCCGCCGGAUGCGCCUUCUUCUUGGACAUGACCAACUGGAAUUUGCAGGCUGCCAUAGGAGCUUACUAUGACUUUGAAAGCCCAAACUUCAGUGCACCUUGCAUGUCCUUUGUGAAGGAUGUGACGAUUGGUGAGGGUGAAUCCGUUCCACCUGACACACCAUUCACAAAAACCUGGAGGAUACAGAAUACUGGUCCAGAGUCAUGGCCUCCUGGGGUUUCUCUGAAGUAUGUGGGAGGUGAUCAGUUUGGCCAUGUGAACAUGGUGAUGGUGCGCUCUCUAGAUCCCCAGGAAAUGACUGAUGUCAGUGUGCAGAUGCACAGCCCCGUUUCUCCUGGCAUGUACCAGGGUCAGUGGAGAAUGUGCACAGCUACAGGACUUUACUAUGGAGAUGUCAUUUGGGUGAUUCUGAGCGUAGAAGUCGGAGGCCUCCUCGGAGUCACGCAGCAACUUUCCUCUUUCCAAGCUGAGUUCAACACCCAGCCUCACCGCAGCCUGGAAGGAGACUACAACCCGUUUGCCUCGCCACAGAAGAGCAAGUGCCCCAACAGUAACAACAACCACGUCCACAGUGACAGCAGCAGUAGUGUCACAGAGGAACAUUUGCAGGGAAGCCCACACCCGCUGCAGCAAGGCCAGAAUGGACUUUCACACGGCUCUGUGGAUAUAGUAGCAAACCGUCUACAAAGCAGUCUAUCAGUAGUUCCGUGUAACCAGAUACAAGAGCCCUCUCCUUUUGGGCACUCUUAAUCAUGGGACUUAUCACUGUAUGGCAGCACUAAGUUGUACCUCUGGAAUUUCUCACACCAAUAAACCAGGAGGCUUUACUGUGGAGUGUGGAGGUCAAAACACUUUAUGCAAAGUCCAAUUACACUUAAAAACAAACAAACAAACAAAAAAAAAACGCCAGAGGCCGACGCUCCUGAUGUGCAGCUGAACCAACAUCCCACUGUAUGCACGUGUGAAUGCUAAGUUAAAAAAUAUGAGUGCUACGAGUCUUGAGUGAUAAGCUUUUUUUUUUCUUUUACUUUUAAGAUUUCCUUUUUUUUUCUUUAGUUGACAAGGAUGCACAUGGGCAGAGCUGAAAGUAGUGGGUGUUUGAGAGCUUUUUUGUGUGUGUGUGAAGAUGUGCGUGCAUUGUGCAACCUGAAAAGAGACUUCAGAGUUAAAGCCAUUAAUUUUUGCCAACUGAUUCUACAGUUUCUGCUUCUCUUAGUUUGUUUUCUUGAAUUUUGGACCCUCUGGCCGAUCUAGCACUAAGGUUGAUUUUUAAAGGCUACCCUGAAAUGCAGUUUUUGGGUUUUAGAUGUCAAUUCAGUUAGUGUAAGAUUUUUACUACAUGACUCUUGGCAUAUUGACAUUUUUUCUACCCUGUCACACUGCAUGGAGUGUAAACAGCUGAACACAUUUUUUGUGCUUAGUCAGGUUGGUGGCCAUUGCUACUUAGACAAAUAUAGAUUUGGCAAAAUUGAGUUGAAUCAAGUUCACUCGCAUAUCCGUGGAAUCAAUACUGUUAGCAACUUGUAUCAAAUACAAUAUCAUUAUAUAAAUUUAUUGGUGCUUUAUCCAGUCAUUGUGUGAGUUGGUAUUAGGUUUAGUUUAAGUCUUGAAAACUUUCAUUUCAUUUUCUCCAGAAUGGACCCACCUGCACCAUCCACCAAGCUUUAAAUUGGUCCUGAAGUCACAAAAGCAGGCACAAAAAAGGAGCAUUUUUGCUGUUAACAACUCGUCUCUGAAGUUGAUGUUUUUUUUUAAGAGUUUUCAGGCUAAGUUACUUUUGAAUAUAUCUAAUUAUGCCUCACAAAUGAGGGUUUUCAUUUACAAACACAGCAUUGUAACUCAAUUAGUGCACAUCAUGCUGUAAGACUUAAAACUCAAGCCAUAUUGACAUCAAUAAAUACUUUAUAAAGACAUUAUGCCACAUUAUACAAAAUCAAAGAGUUUGGUUCAGCCUGUAUUAGACUUAACAUUUAGGUUGAAUGUAUUUUGUGAAUGUAGAUAAAAAUUACAACGUUGACAAUGUUUUCUAUUACCCAAAGAACCUGGAUUAUGUUUGAACUAAACUGGCAGUUUGACUCUGUGUACUUUCUUUCCCUGUCUUUUGUCUUACAAAAUGUUUUGGAAGCUAUGUAUUAACAUGUACUGAACUAAUUAGAGAUGCACCAAUGAAUUAGCCACAGAUUGUAAUUGGCCAAUUUUCUGUUGAUUGGCUCUGACUGGUCUUUGGCCAAUCAAACUCUCAAAAAUCAGAUCGUUCAUGAAAAGCACCAAAACCAAAACACCUAUCAUAUUUUGUGCCUUUUGUUUCCAUGGUGAGGGAAGUCCAGUUUCCCGUAGGAAAUCUGUGCUCUGUCCUAUUUUGACUCUUCAGCAUGACACAGUUUGAUCACUGGACAGCUCCGGUUGCCUUGGAUCAUUUGACAAGAUAAAAAUGAUGCCUCCUGAGCAACUCUCACCCACCACAUAUAUCACACAUGUUCUCCACUUCUACAGAAUCAACUAAAAUAUUGCAGCAAUGGCCCAAUAACAUUAGUGAAUCCCACCCUACACUAAGCUGUCUACACUGUUGAUUUGUUUGUGAUGCGUGAAACUGACGUCUUAUUCUACUUUCUGACUAUUUUGGCUAAUAUUUACUUAAACACCUUCAGGCUCUCAGUAAGCAUUGAAAGUUCAUUUCUUGACAUGGAGUUGAUGUCCACAUAAAACAUGUCUUAAUACCCCAAAACUGUGUUUUCAAUAUACAUUAGCCAUCCACAUUUAGUUUAGCACAAUUUUUAAAUUUAAUAUAAUUUAGAUAAACUUUAAAGGGAUAUCCUUUGCAUAAAUUAAGAUAUUCUUGCGGUUCUGGAAUUUUCUGCUAAGUUACUAAUACAAACAAAUUUUUUUGUAUUUUAAGUGUCAUGGAAUAAAAAUAUCAGAUAAAGCAAAAUUGUAAUUGCCAGAUCAGACCUAAUAGGAAACUGGAAAUUGGUGUUGGUAAGCAAAAGCCUGAUUGGUGCAUCUCUACAGCUCAUUGUGUCAUUGCAAAUGAAUUCACAUGUCCUUUUGAAGUGUCAGCAGUUCUUUACGUUCUUUUACCAAAUGACUAAUAUAUGCACUGAGUGAUCUAACCUUCUUCACAAAGGCUGUUAUUUUCUUUCAGAAUGACUGCAAAGUCAGAGAAAGGUUAUGAUCGCUGUGAUUAUAUCAUCUGCAGUCGGUGUGUUAGACCACCUCAUCAAAUUGGUGCCCUUUAGUUGAUGAAAGUGUAAACCCCUGAGGCGCUGAACCAUGAUAUGACAAUACCAGCUAAUGCAGAAAUACUGCUCCUGUUGCGCUGAAGCAUUUCCUUCCAGUAACUCGUGCGAUGUGUGUUUCUUCUUCCAAAUGUCAUUUCAUCGAGUACUAGGUGUGUUGUUUUCUUUGUGUAGCAUCUGAAGUUUCCUUCACAGGGUGAAUCAGUUGGUGUAAGACUCACACAGCAGCGCAUGUAUGCAAGUGAGGAAGUGCAAGCAAGUGAAAGAUCAUUUCUUAUAUGUUUGAUGAAUGUUUCUACAAUUAAAUUAUCACGGAAAUGAGCUACA